AAUGGCAACAAAACAUUUGCUAGAUGUUAUGUAUAUCAGUCUAAGUGCUGCAAAAAAUAAAAAAAGAACACUUGCAAGUUACAAAAGCUCUUCGCUCUGUUAUCAAAUCUUAAAAUUAUUACCAGAGAACAUCGAAUAAAAGAAGAAGAAAAAGUUUGCCAAGUCGUUGUGGAAGAUUCGUGCGGUUUAAAAAAUCAAUUAUGGGUUUACUUUCACUGCUUCGUAAGCUCAGAUCGUCAUCUGACAAGGAGUUGAGAAUUGUGUUACUAGGUUUAGAUAACUCGGGUAAAACGACAAUUCUCAAGCAAUUGGCGAACGAAGAAACGCCAAACAUUACGACACCAACAGCUGGCUUUAACAUAAAAUCGAUUUCUAGUGGAAAUGCAAAAAUUCGUCCUUAUUGGAAAAAUUACUUUGAGAACACAGAUGUUCUCAUUUUUGUGGUCGACAGCAGUGACAGAAAGCGGAUGGGUGAAAGCACAGAUGAGUUCAACGAGUUGUUGAAGGAUGAAAAAUUGAGAAGCGUACCGAUACUUGUGUUGGCAAACAAACAAGAUCUCACUAGUGCUUUAAAGUCAUCCGAGGUAGCUGAAUUGAUAGGAUUAGUUAAGAUGAAGGAUCGUGAUUGGCAGAUUCAGGCGUGCUCAGCGAUAGACGGUGCGGGCUUACAAGAAGCAAUGGAUUGGAUUUGUAAGUGGGUAAAGAAAUAAAACACUUGAUGUGUGAACUCAAACAAGCGCUUCAACAAGAACUAUCACAGGAAGCUAAGCGAUUAAAAAAUUGAUGUUGUUACCUUUAAGUUAGUCGCUUGUUGUUGUGAUGUUCUAAGAGUUUUAAAGCACA